AAGCACAAUGUACAGACAUUGAUGAGCCGAUUCAACCAGACUGGAGGGACUAACAUAUCCUCCAGGUGAUGUUCGGCUGUGAGCUGAGAGAUGACGGCACCACUGCGGGGUAUAAUCAGCACGGAUAUGGAAUGGGGAGAGAAUUCUCCUCUCUGGACACUCCAGAGGAGGGAUCUGGAUCCCGACCAUGAAUGAGGCUCAGAUCAUGGAUCCCGGUCCCCACAGAGAUGGAACAGUCCGGAGGAGAGACAGGGGGAGGAACAAGAAUUAUCUGGAGAACUGAAUGUAUAGAGUUCCCUGAUGAAACACAUCAACAAUGGGAGAGAAGAUCUGGAGAGGAAGAGUGCGUCCAGAGGUGAAGGUGUGGGGGCGCCGUCGUCAGUCGGAUGAUGUGACCAGACUUCAUUGCCUGGUGUACGGGUUUCACCCCCGACCUGUGGAUGUGAAGUGGAUGAGGAAUGGGGAGGACCAUGUUCCUUCAGAUGAAAUGACUCCAAUUCUCCCCCAUCCUGAUGGCACCUAUCAGAUCAGAGUCAGUGUGGAAGUGCCAACCAAGGAGGGAGACACUUACUUCUGUCAUGUGGACCACAGCAGUCUGGGGGAUGAGACUCUCAGUGUGAAAUGGGAUCCACCAAGCAAUGGCCUCUCAGUCGGAGUGAUCAUUGGUGCUGUUAUUGGAGUCCUUGCUGUUCUUGCUGCUAUUAUUGCAGUUGUUGUUUUGAUGAAGAAGAAGAAGAUUGGCUACAGCAGCACCAACAGU